AUGUGUCAGCAGUGCGAGUGCUUAGGUUUUGUCACAUAGCCCUUUCCUACAAGUAUGUGAGUGUACGGGGAUGCUGCCCCACAAAUGGGGCUCCCGCUGUCCCUGUGCUGUGCCAUACAUGUGGCCCCUAAGGGGCCAUCCAACAUGUGCCUUUAACUGUUAAUGAGCAGUGCUGCCCUUUAUUACGUUACCUAUCUUCCAUCCUGGGAUUUUCUUGAUUCUAAUGAUGUCCUUUAUUAAGCCACUAAUUGAAGAGGAAAGCUUUGAGUGGGACUGUGAAAAUGAGCAGGAGACACUUUAUGAUGAUUCGUCUGAGCAGCUGGAGUUUAUGGAAGAAGUUUUAUGUGCUGAACGAGUGGGCCAGAUGACUAAAACAUACAAUGAUAUAGAUGCUGUAACACGUCUUCUAGAAGAGAAAGAACGGGACCUAGAAUUAGCUGCUCGGAUUGGCCAGUCUUUGUUGAAGAAGAAUAAAACACUUACAGAAAGGAAUGAGUACCUGGAGGAACAAGUAGAACAUAUCAGAGAGGAGGUGUCACAGCUGCGUCAUGAAUUGUCCAUGAAAGAUGAGUUACUUCAGUUUUACACCAGUGCAGUAGAGGAGAGUGAGCCAGAGUCCAUCUGUUCCACCCCUCUAAAAAGGAAUGAAUCUUCAUCUUCUGUCCAAAAUUAUUUCCACUUUGACUUUCUACAAAAGAAACUGAAAGAUCUAGAAGAUGAGAAUAUUGUUCUCCGAACUGAGGCAUGCCACUUGCAAACCGAGACCUUCACAUAUGAGGAAAAAGAACAACAGCUUGUCAAUGAUUGUGUGAAAGAACUAAGGGAUGCCAACAUCCAGAUUGUCAGCAUAUCGGAGGAUUUAGCAAAGAAAACUGAAGACGCAGCACGGCAACAAGAAGAGAUCACUCAUCUACUGUCACAAAUCGUGGAUAUUCAGAAAAAGGCAAAAUCUUAUGCAGUAGAAAAUGAGGAACUUGUGCAACACUUGGGGGCUGCGAAAGAUGCCCAGCGACAGCUUACAGCAGAGUUACGGGAGCUGGAGGACAAGUACGCAGAGUGCAUGGAAAUGCUUCAUGAGGCGCAAGAGGAGCUGAAGAACCUAAGAAAUAAAACUAUGCCAAAUGUCAUUUCCCGGCGUUACCAUACUCUGGGCGUGUUCCCCUUGGACUCAUUAGCUGCUGAGAUAGAGGGAUCCAUGAGGAAGGAGCUGCAGAUAGAUGAAACAGACUCUCCCGAAAUGAAUGGCAAUCAACAAAAACGUGUGUUUGAGACUGUGCGGAAUGUGAACCAAGUAGUCAAGCAGCGGUCGCUGGCUCCUUCUCCAAUGAACAUCCCAGGUUCUAACCAAUCAUCUUCAAUGAACUCUUUAAUGUCUAGCUGUGUCAGCACACCACGUUCCAGUCUCUAUGGAGGUGAUAUCUCCAAUAUUGUUAUUGAUAACAAAACCAAUAGCAUCAUCCUGGAAACUGAAUCAACCGAUGACAGUGAUGGAGAUAAGAACAAGAAGCCUGGGACACCGGGAACACCAGGCUGUAAUGACCUAGAGACUGCUUUGCGACGCCUGUCCCUUCGGCGUGAAAACUACAUCCUGGAGCGCAAAUUCUUUGAGGAUGACCAGGAGCGGAAGCUGCGCAAUCUUGCAGAUAAAGAAUUUCAUAGCGGGUCUUUAACACCAACAGAAAGCAUUAUGUCCUUGGGCACCCACUCCAGGAUAUCGGAGUUUACUGGCAUCUCAGGAAUGUCCUUCGGCAGCCGCUCUUACCUGCCUGAGAAACUUCAGAUCGUGAAGCCCCUAGAAGGUUCAGCAACUUUACAUCAUUGGCAGCAGUUGGCACAGCCACAUCUAGGAGGAAUCCUGGACCCUAGACCUGGAGUGGUCACCAAGGGCUUCCGGACCUUAGAUCUUGAUCAGGAAGAUGUGUACUGCUUCACAGACUUUGAAGAAGACGAGACAGGUGACAUUCCUUUCAAGAGCUUAACUACCUCGAGUUCCGUCCAUCAAUCAGAGGCCUCAGGUGAGAGGUCUCAAGUACAAGUGACUGUAUCAGACAGCAAGAACUGUCCAAGCCAUUCUAAGGCUGCCCCCGAGGAUUUGCAAGAGCCCGCGACAGACGAUGAUGAGGGGUCUGUGCACCAUCCUGGGAAAUGCUUGUCUCAGACCAACUCCACAUUCACUUUCACCACUUGUCGGAUUAUGCACCCGUCUGAUGAACUGACGCGAGUCACUCCGAGCCUUAACACAACACCCACUCCAGCUUCUAGUAUUUUCAGCACUCUAAAAUCUACGCCAGCAAGCACACCUUGCACACCUAGACGGCUGAGUUUAGCAGAGUCUUUCACCAAUCUGAGGGAAUCGACAACCACUAUGAGCACAUCUCUUGGAUUGGUAAGACUCCUGAAGGAGAGAGGCAUUUCAGCAGCUAUGUACAACCCGCAGAGCUGGGACAGGGCUGGGAAGGAUUCCAUCAUGAACCAAUCGCUUCCAAAAAUGACUAUCAUACCUUCCACUCCUCCAAACUCUCCUAUGCAGACGCCAAGCUCCUCUCCUCCCUCCCUGGAUUUUAAAUGCACCAGUCCACCUUAUGAUAACUUCUUGGCUUCUAAACCUGCCAGCUCCAUCCUGAAGGAGGUGAGAGAAAAGAAGAACAUACGAAGCAGUGAAAGUCAAACUGAUGUCUCUGUGUCCAACCUUAAUUUAGUUGACAAAGUGAAGAAAUUGGGAAUUGCCAAAGUCUCAGGACCAGCUCAAGCAUCUGCUGCAUGUGACAGCCAAGGGUCUAUUAUAUAUGAUGCGCAGGGACCAGUACGGGCAUAUGUUCCUGGAGGCCUUAUGCAAGAAGGUCUGCCUUUGAGUUAUCCUGCUGUAACAAGUGGCAUUCAGUUAAACGCAGGAAUUCGCAGGAAUCGCAGCUUCCCAGCUAUGGUAGGAUCUAGCAUGCAGAUGAAAGCACCAUCGACAUUGGCACCAGGCAUUCUUAUGGGAGCAAAGUUACCCAAACAGACCAGCUUACGCUGAAAAAACAUUCAGCUACUGGCAACCAUUCUACUGAUUGAGAAGCUGAUGGUAUAUUAGCCUUGCAUUAUAUCCAGUGCUUAUCUACAGAGCUAUACCUUGUACUGACAAAUCAACAUUGUGCCUAGAUGAGAAGUGGAGACUGUACUUUGUAUAAUAUUUGUAAAUACGUAUCAUAUUGUAACUAAUCUUAUUUCACCGGUUGAGACUUGUGGAGUUUGCUGUAAUAUUGUAGAUAUUGAUCAUGAUGAUAAUGUACAUUAAAUUAAUGGGGCAAGUGGGAUAUUGUAUGCACUGAAUCUAAAGAACUCUUGGGAGGAUAGAAUGCAAAUAUAGUUUUUAGUAUGAAACUUAACAAACCAAUAUUUUUAUUUAAUUUACAAGGAGAUCCAGCCUAGCCCAGGUGUGAGGUAUCCUUAAGGCACUUGAAUACAUUUCCCUCGUCACUGUAUUGUUAAAUGCAGUACAUGGGGGGGUCUUUUUGGUGCGCAAACUGUGUAAGCCUAUGCUGCUGCAAAGACUGAGAGCAGUAAAACGUGGCACAUGCUUCAUAUUAUCAUUUCACCUAAUGCUUUUCACCUUCUACAAGCAACUUGCAUCAAGUUUAUUCAUCACCUACUCACACCACUUUGUGGUUAGAAUUGCUAAUUACGUGAGAGCAACUUAUCCUUUAGUAACUAGCGAUAUUACUCUGGCAUGAGGCAUUUAAACACCUUUUGUCUGAGGAAUAUCUUUAGUUCCUAGUGAUUUGACAGGCUGGAUAUUAGUUCCACUUUCAAAGUGGCUUUGUUUAGGGUACAGAUACACCUUCUAGGAUAUAUAGAAUAUUGAAAAAAUAUAAGUUUGAGGUAUAUUGUGUUGAUGGUCUGAUCUUUUGUUUGUUUGUUUGUUUGUUUCUUUGUUUCUUUGUUCACUUGACUACUUUGCAGUUAGUUUAUACGAGUCCCGCACAUUCUGUUCAUUAUUAACUAUUAUUUCACUGAAAACUGGGUUCUAUUUCAAUAGGAUUCCAGGAACAAAAAGGGAUUUAUAAGUUUCUGAGAAAAGAACGUGCUGUCAAAAUGCUUUAGUACUUGAAGUUAAGCAGUGUAAUCACAUAAGACAGCCUAUUUAAUAUAACUGUAGUUCAGAGGGACUUGUUUUUUAUGUUUAAGGAAUAGAGCACUAUUAAGCAUAUAAGUUUUAAAGUAUUUAUUAAUAAAAAAACAGGUCAUAAAAGACAUUGCUUUUUGGAUCUAAACACAAGGCCAAGCAAUAACGUUAGUCAUAUCUAUUUGUUAACUGGUGUCAACUCUGUUAUAUUUUAUGAUAGCUGUUUUACUUGAAUGUCAUCAUUUUAAAUUGCGCCAAAAAUAUUCCCAUGGACCUCUUUCUCGAGGUGUGAGUCAUAUCUAUGGUCUUUUAAUACCUGCAUUGCUAUCCAUAUCAAUCUAUUUCAAUUUUCAGUGUUGGAUUUUUCUUGUACCUUAUUUUUUCACACAUCAUUUUUAUACCAAACAAACGUCUCCCACACCCGUCAUCUCUGCACAUGUUCUUGUCACCCAUUUGUACGUGCUGACUCUUCUUAGGGUUCCACGAUGAAAUGCAGACUGAAGGACCACAGGACAUAAUGGGUCUUCUUUUGUAUGUUAAUUCUUUUUGUUUGGUGAGGUUUUUUUUAAUCAAUCCUAAGUGUAAAAUGCUGUGGAUUUAUACCAACAAGUAGGGAAACUUAUUUCUGGUAAUGCACAAUAUAUCAUCAACAAAACAUAUUAAAAUGGACACUGCUGUAUACAAUCCUGCCUUUAUUUCACAUAUUUUACUUAGUACAGUGCUUAUGAUUUCAUGACCUCUGUGUAAAUAUUUUUUAGGCGCUGCUCUUUGUGAUAUUUAAAGCCAUGCAUGACUGAUGUUUGGACAAUUGUGGCCUGAUAUGAAUUUGUACCCUUUAAUAAUCAUGUCCUACCACAUUCUGUACUCUGAGGAUCAUUUUUGGAAAUACUGUUUUGCAAUGUUUGCUGUAUGUAAAAUGGAUUGCUAAUGACAGGUCAGACCAGGUAUGUGCAAGUCUAUUGCCGAGUUAAAUUUCCCAAGAUGCUCUGCCACCAUGUGAGAUAUACUUCAGCUAGAAGUGGUUGGGUGGGUUUCCUACUUUUCUUUACAUUAUUAACUUCAUCCUUGGUUUUGUUAAUGUGUGCCUGUUGCAAAAAAAUAUCCUUAACUAUAUUUUUUAUCAGAAUGUAUCUUAAAGCAGUAUUUAGUCCAAUUAAAUCGAGACUGUAUGAGCCCUUAUUGUGCUCCCUCAGAUAUUGGAUGUAGCCAAUGAAAAUGCUUUUCACAUUUUGCUUCUCAAAUAAUAAAUAUCACUAACAGUUCAA